UGCUCUGAAUUUAUGAAAUUUAAAAAAUUUACAGAUUGAAUGAUUUUUUUUUUUGAAUGCGUUAAACUAUAUUCAGUCGAAACUCAAAAGAAUGUGUUACAUUGGGUGCUUUUUUUUUUUUUUUUUUUUUAAGUGUUUGAAUGUGAAUAAAGAAUAACCUAAUGAAAGACUAUCCUAACCACUUAUUCUUGAUCCAAACCAGGGCAUAAGCUCUGUCUCCUUGUAAACGGAUAGUAGAUAAUCUGUUCCUUAUUGUUUAUCAUGAUGUUUCUACAGUUACGGGUUGAAUUAUUACUACACGUAUUUUUUUCUUAAUCAAUAUGAAAAAUGGAUGGUACUCUACAUAUUAGUCACUUGAAUUUUGGAAAUCGAUGCUAUGUCCAAGACCCGACCAUGCAGUCACAUGAAUAGUCCUGAACAUAGCGAAAUGAAACAUUGGUCUAUGGCCACCAAAUAUUUUUAAAAAGUUUACAUUGAAAAAAGUCUCCAUAUUUAUUAAAAUAUAUAUAUUUUUGUUAAAACUUUACUAAAAUAUUUAUGGCUUCCAACAUUUCCGGGACCCCUCCAUGUCGAUAAUCAUACGUCGGUCGGUGUAUAUGACAUAAAGAAGUCUUCUUUGGUUGGUUGAAGGAGGCUUUUGAAAAGGAAAGACCAUUUAUCAUAGUGUAACUAUUAUCAUCCUAUCUCGUUUUUGGAUCUCUCAACCAAUUUGUGAUCGAUCCAUUUUUGUCAGAAUGGCCUUAUCAAAGAAUUCUUGUAGUGUAUGUGUAUUCACAACCUUUUUUCUCCUUUCAUUAUUCACCAAACUGUGUAGCUUUUCUAUCCAUGUUUUUCUUCUUUUAAACGUAGAGCGCAUCAUUUUAAUAAAAUGAGAAUGAUCUGUAAUAUUCGUUUCAUCAUGUAAAUUUGGUACGAUGGAGAUACGGCAACCGCUAUUUUUAGAAAAUACUGAUUUUAAUACUACAUAAAAACAAAAUAUAGGAAACAAAUUAUAUAGACCAUCGCUGGACAUAAGAAAAAUGUGUAAAUAUAUUAAGAUUAAGACAAAAUUAAUUCAAUGAUGUUACGUUUCUAAUUAUUAACUUCUGGUCGGAUGCAUAUUAUGGGACUCGUCUCUGAAACGUGAAAACCAACGCGGUUCUUUCUGUUUUAUUAGUGCCGAUUUGUCUUGUUCUGGACCAAACUUGAACUCGUUUCGUUUAUAAAAUGCACGUAAACUAGAGUUCAUACGUUGUAAUACAGGGACUAAAGUUUCAAGAUCACUCCUUGCUUCAGCUCUCUAGCUAGUGUCCUUGAACUGGUCUAGCUUUUGGCCUCUUUCUAGAGCCAUUCAUGGCAGAGAGGAGAACAAGCAACGGAGGAGACGUUGUUAUCAAUGUUCCAGAGAAAGAAGGAUUUAAAGAUUCAGCACCAUCACCUUCUUCACAUGUACCGGCUUCACCAAACUCAGACACGGUGACAACCAAACUAGAGCCGUUAACCAUUCUCCUUCCUGAAAUAAACAAGUUCUCUGGUAGCGUCCAUAAGCCGCCUAAGAUUCCAAGUCCUGUGACUGAAGGUCUCACUCGGAGGAGAUCUCUUUCGAGGUCAGUUUACUCCAAGUCCAACUCAAGGUUUGGUCAACAACAAUCUUACCGUUUUGACAAGACUAUAGUCGAGGAAAAUUGUGGAACCCCUGCGGAACCGUUUGGUUCUGCUUCAUUUUCAAAGCCUUCUCUUCACAAGGCUUCCCCUAGUAACAAAUCGAAUAAAAGCACUAGCUCAGUAGCACUGAGUAAGGUUGAUGAGGACGAAACUGAUGAACAUGAAGAAAUCUACAAAAGGGUUAAACUACACCAAGUGAAGCGUAGAGGAAUAAGACCUCUAGCUCUUCUUGAGCUGCUAGUUUUUGUGGCUAUUCUCGCCACUUUGGUUGUGUGUUUAACCAAUGGUUCGGUGAAGAAGCAUCGCAUUUGGGGUUUGGAAGUUUGGAAAUGGUGCGUUCUUGUGAUGGUGACGAUAAGCGGCAUGUUCGUGACAAACUGGUUCAUGCAUUUCGCGGUGUUCAUCAUAGAAAGGAACUAUCUCCUACGUAAAAAGGUCUUGUACUUUGUCCAUAGUUUGAAGAAGAACGUUCAAGUCUUCAUCUGGUUCGGUCUGAUCCUGGUUGCUUGGGUGUUUUUAUUCGAGGAUGACGAUAAACGCUCUCGCAAGGCCAAGAAGUUUCUCGACGCUAUAACUUGGACUCUAGUCUCUCUUCUCGUAGGGUCAGCCAUAUUCUUGGUGAAGACGUAUGCCUUAAAAGUUCUUGCUUCAAAGUUCAACGUAAGAAACUUCUUUGAGAGAAUUCAAGAAUCUGUCUUCCACCAAUACGUUCUCCAGACUCUCUCGGGACCUCCGCUUAUAGAAGAGGCAGAGAGAGUUGGACGUGAGCCAAGCACAGGACACCUUAGCUUCACGAGCACCAAUGGAACGGUGGAAGAGAAGAAGGUGCUAGAUAUGGGUAAAGUUCACAAGAUGAAACAAGAGAAGGUCUCGGCUUGGACAAUGAGAGUUUUGAUUGAAGCCGUGGGAGCUUCAGGUCUCUCAACCAUAUCUCAUACUUUAGAUGAGUCUAGCAAUCGGAAAAAGAGAUCUGAUAAGGAGAUUACUAAUGAGAUGGAGGCUGUGGCUGUAGCUUAUGAUAUUUUCAACAAUGUUGCGCAGCCAAACUCGAGUUACAUAGAGGAAGAUGACUUGCUGAGAUUCAUGAUUAAGGAAGAGGUAGACCUUGUACUCCCAUUGAUAGAAUGUUCCGAGACUGGAAAAAUCACACGUAAAGCUUUCACAGAGUGGGUGAUUAAAGUUUACACAAGUCGAAAAGCGUUAGGACACUCACUGAACGACACAAAAACAGCGGUUAAGCAAGUGGACAAGAUUUUAACUGGAGUCUUGUCCGUUAUCGCAUUCAUCAUUUGGUUGAUACUUAUGGAUAUAGCAACAACCAAGUUCUUGGUCGUCUUCUCCUCACAAUUCGUGGGUCUUGCUUUCAUGAUUGGAAGUACUUGCAAAAAUAUCUUCGAAUCCUUUGUGUUUGUCUUCGUCAUGCACCCUUAUGAUGUCGGUGAUCGUUGCAUUAUCGACGGCGUUGUAUUGUUGGUCGAAGAGAUAGAUCUUUUAACUACCGUGUUCCUCAAGAUUGACAACGAGAAGGUGUUCUAUCCAAACGCAACUUUGAUAUCGAAACCAAUAAGCAAUUUUUACAGAAGUCCAGAUAUGGGAGAUUCAAUACUAUUCUCCAUCGCAUUCUCAACGCCGGCCGCUAAAAUUGCCACUCUCAAGGAAACUAUAUCAGAAUAUUUGGUGCAGAAUCCACAAAAUUGGUAUCCAAAUUUCCUUUUCUUGGUGGAUGCGAUUGAGAACGUGAACAAGCUGAACUUGAAUCUGAUCGUCACACACACCAUCAACUUCCAACACUUCAUAGAGAAGAGGCUCAGGAGAACUGAGCUGGUCAUCGCGGUUAAAAGAAUCCUGGAGGAGCUUGAGAUCGAGUACACCUUACUUCCUCAAGAUGUUCAUCUCAUUGGUCACAAAUGAUCAUUUCCUUUUUUUUCCCUUUUGCAUGCAUUAAUUCCACUUGUACUUGUUAUUACCGCCUGAUUUGCUUCGGUUUAAUUGUACUCAAGAAACUCGGUUUACGUUUUCAGUAUGGAUUUGUUAAUGGAUUUAAACCAUUAAGCACUAUAUAUUAAGUGAAAUAAUCUGAUUUCUAGAUUUGGUGUGGACAAUUUCUAAUAAUAAAGCGAAUAU